AUGGAAGACUCUCAAUUUAAAGAAGAUUCAUCCACCAUGCCAACCACCACCUCACAAGAAGCCGAAAGCCAGAAACUAGAAUCCAACAUCCCCACCAUUAUUAAUGAUGGCGCAUCCAUUGAAGUUGCUGUCCGAAAACCUAGAGGCCGUCCAACCGGAUCCAAAAACAAACGUAAACAACCCGUUUUCGUUACCCAACAACCCGUCCCAACAGCGUCUGUAUCACCGUACGUGCUACAAAUCGCUAGUGGGUCGGAUAUUAUUUCCUCUGUCACAAGGUUUUGUAAUUCCAGGAAUACCGGUCUUUGUGUGUUGUCUGGGUCGGGUCUUGUUUCUAAUGUAUGUUUUCUACAGCCAAACACGACGAAUACGAUUACUUUUCGUGGGGUGUUUAACUUGUUAUCGAUAUCCGCCACCGUACUUCCACCAUCAUCCGCCAUGCAAUCACCUUUUAAUAACAACGGCAAGUUUGUAGUAUCGGUGGCAGGGCUACAAGGGCAAAUGUUUGGUGGUACCGUGGCAGGGCCACUUAUAUCGGCAGGAACAGUCUAUAUCAUCUCUACGUCGUUCAACAACCCAAAUUAUCAUCAGUUACCAAUGGAAUUAGAAGACAAUAAUAAACGGGUACAAAAUUCUUCGGGUUGUGCAUCUAUUUCUACAACAAGAGAGCAAUUAUCGGGGUUGCAGCAGCAGCUGCAACCGCAUAUGGGAGCACUAAUUAAUAGAAGACAUCCUGCAACAACGAUGGCGGGUGAUCAAUCAUUAUCAAUGUCUAAUUCUUUUAACCCGCCUCCGAACAUGGUAUGGCAAUCUAUGUCACAGCCGCAUCACUCAAAGCCUUGCUAGAAGUAAAGUUUUUUUUUUUUUUUCAUUGAUGUGUUUCCGUGGAGCUUAGUAAUGGACUAUUAUGAG